AUACAUAGCGUAACAUCAUUUCUAGGAAUUCAAAGGUCACGCUCAUUUCCAAGAAUCGCCUGAUUGUUCACAAACAACAUUAUUCAACCAACUCCCUCGACUCUUAUCAACAUGGAAUCGUUUGUGGACGAUCUUAAGAAUGAGGUCCAAUGUUCUUUGUGUAAUGAUACACUCACAGAACCAAAGAUCUUGCCUUGUUUUCACACAUUUUGCAAGACUUGUAUUAAAAAACACGCAGAGCUGAUCGACGAAGUCAACAUCUUCAAGUGUCCUCGAUGCAAAUCACAAACUUCUCUACCAGAACCUAGUAGCGUAGAAGAUUUACAGUCAAGUCUACUUCAUUCAAGAAUCUUGAAGGGUCUGGCGUUGGUAGAAGGAGAAAAGGUUUGUUCUGUUUCUGAGAGUCAUUCUCCAGCAUCUUGGUAUUGUUUUGAUUGUGAUCGCUCGAUUUGCGAAGAAUGCAAGAAGAGCCAUUCAGAGUUUAUCAAAUGUCACAAGGUCGUUCGUCUUGCUGAUUUGAAGAAAGAAGAUAUUGAGUUCAUAAUAACAAGAGAGAAUCCUUGUAAAAGUCACCCUCAUCACAGGCUAGAGUUAUUCUGUGAAGACUGUGAUGACAUGAUUUGCUUGACAUGCUUGAAACACGAUCACAAGGAUCAUAAACCGAUGUCUUUAGAUAAGUUUGCUUCGAUCAAGAAAGCUGUAUUGUCAAAGCAUCUGCAGGUACUAGAGCAGUUGAGAUUAGAUGACAAGAAGAAGCAACAACAAGAAGACAUUGCUAACACAAUCAAACAACAAGGAGAAAAACCAAAAAAAGAAGUGAAAGACAAAACCAAGAAGAUCAUCGAAAUGCUGCAAGAAAACGAAAGAGAAUUGCUGAGACAAAUCGAUGAGAAGUUGGACACAGCCACAACAAACUUGAAUAUAAUUCAUAAUAUUCCAGCCGUCAAGGGAUAUAUCAAGAAUGUGAUGGAAAGAGGACUAGCAAGUGAAAUGAUGAACAUUCAAGAGACACAAUGCUCGGGGAAUUUCAUCUUCAACCACAUUUUACCGUCUUCUCGAGUUGAGUUUGCUCCUAACGAACAGCUGGUGCAAGAAGUGAAUUCAGGGCUAGGAGAAAUAAAAACUUAUUUGAAAACAGACCACACGGAGAGCACGAUUGAAGUGAAAUCUGAGACAGAAGCUUUAAAGAAGGAAAAGCUAAUAUUGACAACUAAAAGCUCUACAGGAGAACUCAAUCAUGAUCCAAGGGAUGUCAUAGACGUACAAAUCACACCUGAAAAAAAUGUGAAAAUAGAAAAGAAAGAUGUGAGAACUGAUGGUAAAGUAGAAGUUGAAUUCAUGGCUAAAGUACCUGGUCAACUGACAGCAGAGGUUCAAGUGAAUGGGAAUCAUGUAUCUAACAGUCCACUAGUGGUGAAUGUCAAGCCACAAGAGAUGAGAACAACAGGACAGUUUAACAUGAAAGGGGUAGAUAUAGGAUCUAGUUCGUUGACAGUUAUAGCAGUAAGCAGAGACAACACCAGGAUCGCUGUUGCCAAUUGGUCUUCUCGUUGUGUCCAUGUAUUCGCCUCUGAUAGAGAUCUCUUACGGACGUAUGAUGGUCCAGGUAGUGCACAGGGACAGUUGUCUAAUCCUGGAGGUUUAGCAUUUCUGAAUGAUACAGAUUUAGUCAUAGCAGACUUUGGUAAUCAUAGAAUAUGUAUAGUGAACACUUCAACAGGGACAUUGGUAAAUACCUUUGGUAACCAAGGUAACAGUGAUGGAGAGUUUCGUUAUCCACACGGAGUACACGUUGAUGACGAUGGUAACAUCAUUGUGUGUGAUACUGAUAAUCAUCGUGUUCAAGUCUUCACAAGAGACGGUGAGUAUCAAUAUCAGUUUGGUUUGACAACACAGGACAAGUUUAAUCCAUAUGAUGUAAUCACACAUGAUGGACUGUUUUACGUCAGUGAUCGCAGUAAUCACGUUAUUCAUGUAUUUGAGAAGAAAGGUWACGUACCGACUAGAAUAUCGACAAUCGGUGGUAAAGGCAUUGCUGAUGGUGAGCUGAAUGGACCAUUGGGCCUGGCUAUUGAUAAUGACCAUCAUCUACUGGU